AUGGGCGAGUUGGUCUCGAUGGCCGCUCAGAAGGGCAUUCCGAGCCGCCUCAGCCCAAUGCUAGCAAAACGCCCGGUGGAGAAGACUCGAUCUGUAAUUCAUGCCCCUGGUGAAACUAGUGACGUGAAUCCCCACGUCCAAGACCGCCAGUUGAGGCUACGCGAGCACGAGGCAAUAGUGCAGGUACCGGGACCCAAGAAUGCAGUGGCCAGCGACUAG